GUGAGGACAAUUUGUUGAUAGUUCACAGUCCGACCAGAUAAGUAACUCAACUUUGAAUUUGUCGCACAAGGUAAGACAGCGGAACUAAGUAUUAUUUCAGGACCAUGGCAGCCAGUGGAAGGUUGUGUGAUAUUUGUGAAACCAGGGACAUUACAGUAUUUGCCACUGACUGGUGUCCAGAAUGUGAGCAAAGUCUUUGUGAAUCAUGCAAAUCUCAUCAUUCUGCCGCCAAACUGAGUAAAACUCAUGAAACUAUUCCUUUCGAAUCUUUUGAUAAAUUACCUUCUGCUGUAAAAGACAUAAAGAAUGACUGUCCUGAUCACAAAUUAAGAUUUGAAUAUUAUUGUAUUCAGCAUGAAUUACCCUGCUGUGUUGAAUGCAUGAAAAUAACCCAUUCAGAAUGCCGACAUUUAACUCCAAUGCAUAAAGUCGUUGAACAUUUCAAAACCUCAAAUGCUCUUUCAGACUUUGAGCAAACAUUAUCCGAUUUACUCAGCAACUUAAAUUCUUUGAUUAAAAGCCGAUUUGAUAAUAUAUCGGUUCUUGCCGACGAGAAAGGUAAAUGUUUGAAAGAAAUCACAGAUACCAAACUAAACGUCAUUGCUCAACUUGAUACACUUGAAAUAAAACUUAAAACCCAAAUAGAAGUUUUACACGGAGAACAGUUGCAGGCAAUUGAAGAAACGAUAAAAAAGUUCGAAGUAUUAAAAACAAAUGUUGCAAAAAUGCAAGAAGAAGCUGAUGUUAUUAAACAGUAUGCAUCAGAUUUCCAAUUGUUUAUAGCAUGUACAGAAUUAGAGAGCACAGUAAAGAGUUUAGAGAAAGAUGUACAAUUUUUGAUGAAAAAAGAUUCAGCAAAGCAAAUUUCAAUAUCGUUUUCUCCCAAUGUCGAGCUUGCAAUCGAAACAUUGUUGCCAUCCCUUGGUAAUGUGAAUGUGAUCACCAAAGAAUCGGACAUCAGACUGGUCAACCACAGGGGAAAACAGGCACAACUUCUGGCAAUUGGAACGCCUUGUAUUGAAAAAAUACAACUUAAACCUGUACUUGAAAACGUACAAUUACCAAGUGGAAAAGAUAACAAGCUUACUAUAUUGGAUAGUUGCUUUCUAUCACACGGAAGAUUUGCUUUUUCCGAUCAACCUAACAAACGCUUAAUUUUAUUGAAAGAAAACGGUGAUCGUGAUAGGGACAUACAACUAUCAUUUAUGCCAAGUUCUAUUGCAUAUAUCACAGAUAACGAAACUGCAGUGGGCAAAUAUAAAACUAACGAGAUCAAUAUAAUAAACAUGACCACUUCGUCAGUUGAUCGAUCCUUUGUAGUUAAAAAUUAUGGUACAUGCGCGUUUUCCUUUAGGAAAGGCCAAUUUCUUGUAACAGUUCUUCGUGUUGGAUUUUGUAUAACCGAUAUUGAAGGAAACAUACUUAGUGAAAUACCUUAUUAUCAUGACAGUCACUCCGAUAUUUUGUUUGCAGUGUUACUGAAUGACAAAAUAUAUUUUUCACAAUUUUCAAAAGAUCGGAUCGUUUGUUGCGAUUUAAAGGGGAAUGAAAUUCGUGAAUUUAAGGACAAGAAAUUAAAAGAACCGUUGGGAGUAGUAUACAAUGACAGAAACGUUUUGUUUAUCACAGGAUUUCGAUCAAAGAAUAUAUAUGCUCUAUCGAAUACUGGAAAUGAAUUUAAAGAAUUGUACUGUAACAACAAUCUAUCGGCAGCUAGGGCAAUUAGCUAUGAUUCUAGUAACCAACAGUUGUUGCUCUCGACUCAAGGUGGCAACAUUUUCUUAUUUGACGUCAAUUAUUAGACAAUUACGGCAAAUUAUUAUACAUAUGUCCGAAAGAAGUUUUCAUUCGAAUAGUUUAUGUAACUACUUUUUAUAAAGUUAUCUCCGUGAUUUCAUCCAUCAGAAAGUUUGUAACGACUGAAACAAUUUUUAAGAGAAGAAUUGUAAACAGUAUAGCACUCAUGUCACUUUAUAUUUUCUGUGUUUUUGUUAAAAUUAAACUGUUAAAUUCGACAACUUAAUUGGGUAACGAAAGUGAUUCUCAUGUUUAGUCUGUAGAAGUUUAUAGUUGUCAUGGUACAAUCCAACCUGUAGACAAUGUUGGUGCUGAUACAAGUAUUAAAUAGAUACAAAGUACAUUCUUAUUUCACUUUUUCAGCUUAUGAAAUAUACACAAUGUAUCAUUAAACAAAAACGAAAUAUACAACUCCAUCAAGAACAGGAAAUUUAGACAUUUUUAUACGACCGCAGGUAGUAUUAUUUUAUGGUGUUGUCUGCGUCUGCGUCUGAAGACAUUUUAGUUCGC